UGGCACGUGAGCUCGCGUGAGCAGGAGCGCGCAGAUGAUGCCCCAUCCCCUCCCAAGGCGGAUAACAUUCUCGCGAAAAGUUUGAACAAUUGGGCGGUGUGGGAAUUUGGUCACAUGCGCCGCACUGCCUAAAAACUGACGCGCUGAAAGUGUCUCGAGCAGGUUUGCGUUUAAAAGAAGAUCAAGGGUGACUUUCAGAAGAGCUUGACGCUUCGUUCACGCUCGCGCAGAAAGCGUGAGUGAAUUCGACGUCAUCUUCACAGGUGUCAAUCACAGCGGUGCGACCAACAGCGCGCCAACUCCUUUAUCCAGCACUCUCAAGAGCACUGGGCAGCAGUCCGUGGUCACAUGAUGCCGUUUAAAGUGAAUCUGAUUGGCCCGUCUCCCUGGGGAUUCAGAAUAUCUGGAGGACGAGACUUUAAGAAGGCUAUUACUGUUUCCAAGGUGAACACUGGCAGUAAGGCAGAGACGGCCUGUCUUCAGCCUGGUGACAUCAUCAUGGAGAUUAAUGGGCAGGACACCAGCGAUAUGCUGAAUGUAGAAGCACAAAACAAAAUCAAGAGCUGCACGACACAGCUGAACCUGCUAGUGGAAAGGCCUGCUUCACCUCCUCCCGGUCAGACUAAUGGAAUUACCUCCACAGAGCAACUGGUGGGCCGCUUCCAGGAGGCCGUGCAAGUGAGUCGAGAUGAGAACCAGAACUACAAAGAAUACACCAUCUCCAGCCCAGCUUCUCUGUCCCCCGGUCCGUAUUCUCCAGAGUCACCAUCCAGCCCGGACCGCAAGGGGGGUAGGAUCACACCCACCAACAAGAGCCUGCAGUUUCAUUCCUGGUCAUCGGAGGAGAGAAGUGUGGAGCGUCACAGACUGUCCAGACCCCUCUCUCAGGAGAUCUCGCCUGUGGAUUACCGCAGUAACUCCUUAUCCAGUCGAACGCCAACUCCCCCUGGACGAUACUCUCCACACAGCCCCAUCGAUCGAGAGCUAUCCGCUUCUCCACGCCGCAGUUCGGACUUUGCCAUGCAGCGAUUUGACAGAGACUCGGAGGUGUAUAAGAUGAUUCAGGAGAAUAAGGAGUCCCGUGCGGCUCCUCGGCAGUCCAACACCUUCAAGAUGUUGCAAGAGGUGCUAGAGGCUGAUGAGAGAGAGGCUACCAUUCGUUUUCCUGGAAAACUGUCGCCGAGCCCCCCGAGCCCCACAGUUUCUGGGGGGCAAAAAUACCACACCUGUGAAAAAUGUGGGACCAGUAUUGUCAACCAGGCUGUUAGGAUCACAGACGAUCGCUACCGUCACCCACAAUGCUACACCUGUACAGAGUGCGGCCUCAACCUUAAGAUGCGUGGCCACUUCUGGGUGGAAGAGGAAAUGUUCUGCGAGAAACAUGCUAGAGAUAGAUACAAGGGCCCGGGCACCAGCCCUCACUCCGUCGUGUCCCCCCGCCACUGAGACGGCCGACCAGCCACCCUCCUGACACGCCUCUGCCGAUUGGCUGGGAGAAUGAUGUCAUAGUUGCAUUGUACAAUGGGGCCAGAUAAGACGUUUGGCGUGAUGUCACUUGAAGCUUUGGGACCCUGUGCAGUCAAGUCCACUCCUCUGAUACUUCGGAGACUAUAAGUUUUGAUCUUUAGUAUUUGAAGUGGAGUUUAUAUAGGAGUGUGUGCUGUUUAUGACAGUCAGCUUAUUAUAGUCACAUUCCUACAUCACCUUCCUCUUCCACGUGUUGUAUUAUGCUUUGAAAACUGCUUAUGUUUUACAUAGACAUUUAACUUUGGUUUAUAAAAAUAGUCGUUUGCAGAGCCUUUCAAUAUAUAGAGUCCAUAUGAUGAGACGCAUUAAGUGAGAAUGCACACAGGACUGGUUUCCUAAGUGUAUGUGUGAAAUAAUUUCUUUCAUGCGUUUCUGGCUUUUCUCAGCGGCUUCGAACAUAUGCACUUUUGCUUGAAGGGUUUUAUGAUUACUUGGAAGUGAUUCUUAGUUUGAUGUAUAUGCUGCCCUUCAUUAAAAAAAUCCACAACAGCUCUCAUUCAGAAGCACAGAUAUUUAGAAUGCAGUUUAUCUUCCUGUAGCUUUGUAUUAAAUGAAAGAAAUAGAAAGAUUUGUGAUAUGUGUUGUAUAUAUGUUUCACCUUAAACUAUAUGUAGACGGAGAGGGUUUUGUGUGCACGUUUGUGUGUUCAGGGUUGCAUGUUUCACUUGACUGUAUUGUAUAUUUUUGGGCAAGAGAGGUUUGUUCAUGCUCUGAUGCAGGACAAUAAAGUGUCGGAGUGAAAUAUUUGACGUAUUUAAAAAUAUGAAAUGCGUGAGAUGAACAUGGAAUCUUCGUUCUGUGUAGGGUAAGACUCUCUUUACCUUUUCUGUUGCAAAUAAACAUCUUUAUGAUUAUCAGUAAA